ACACUUGCUUGGCGUCGCGCACACGAAUUUCGACUUCUCUACUUACAAUUCACGACAACACGAUCAUCAUACGAUUGAUUCAACAUGCCGACUCGUACCAGCAAAACGAGGAAACACAGAGGUCAUGUCAGUGCCGGACAUGGCCGCGUAGGCAAGCAUCGCAAGCAUCCCGGUGGUCGUGGUCUUGCUGGUGGUCAACACCAUCACAGAACCAACUUGGACAAAUACCACCCCGGUUAUUUCGGCAAGGUCGGUAUGCGCCACUUCCAUGUAAUGCGCAAUAUCGACUGGAAGCCUGUGGUGAACAUCGAUAAGCUUCUGAGCCUUAUCCCCGACGAGCACCGCGCGAAGUACCUGAGCACCUCCUCUCCCUCCGACACCGCUCCCGUCAUCAACCUCCUGGAUCACGGAUAUGCCAAGCUACUUGGCAAGGGCCGCAUCCACGUUCCAGUCGUCAUCCGAGCUCGUUAUGUGAGCGCUGAAGCUGAGAAGAAGAUCAAAGACGCUGGCGGUGUUAUCCAGCUCGUUGCAUAAAGACAGCACAACAAGAAUGCUGCAGUUGCGUAAGAGUAGCAGAUCCGGCAUGGAUACUUGCAUACCUGGGCACAGAUCCCUAUCAUCAGCGUAGUGGCUGGGCGGACGUCGUUCAUAGCAUUAGCUUGAAUGUCAUCUUGCCGAACAAACUCUCACACUUUCACAAGUGUUGUGAUCCCCCUCACAGAGGUUGCGCCUCUGACCGACCUGUGAUUCACUUAUCUCGAUAGCUAACUUACGGACUCCGUUUAGCGAGCAGCAAAUGCACAGCUGCUUCAGGUUUCAACGAUCGAGGCUCCAUU